UAAAAGUAAGUUUAAGAUAAUUACGAGUAUACAUGAUGUCAAAAUUAAUAGACGAUUUGUUUGAUAAGAAGAAGGAUGAAGCACCGAUGCUGGACUUGUCGAAAACUGUUAUAAAUACCGCUGAAGAAUACAGAGCCGUUCUUGAUAAAGUUCCGGAUUUCAAAACUAGACCAGAAAAGGUAAAAGCUGAGGACAUAAAAAUUAAAGAUAAAGUUGAGGAUCAAAAAACGAAAACGCCAAGAAAAGAAAUAAGGGCGUACGAAAAAUUAGGAACAAGAGGCUAUGAAGAAAAACAUUUCACGUUUAUGGAUCCCAUACCGGUCGAAAUGAAGGCAUUGAAAUUUGAGGAGCUGUGUGCUGUGCCAAUUGAAUGGAGAAUGUUAACCUCUACAAGACCUAAAUCUAAAUUAGACGAAGAAUAUUUUAAUAGACUGAUUGAAUUAGGCAAGUCUGAAUUAAGGACAAAAGCAAGAGAUAAAAGAGAGUAUGCUAAAAACACUAUGAUCAGAAAAACAAAAAAUCGUUCUGGAGUGACUGAAACCAGAAUCCUGUCCUGUCCUGAAUGUGGUGAAGAGUAUUGCAACGGGAAAAUGUGCGCUAUAACCAACUACGAUAUGUUUGCACGUUUAAAAGUGGAAGUUGAAACAAAAACAUCAAGAGUACAGGUCGCACCAACACAGGGCGCGGGCAAGCUACGCCGGUUACGACGCCGCGCGAAACGUAAACCUCGAAGCAAAAGUGCCGCACCGGUACUGACGAAAUCUAAACUCGUAAACAAAUCUGGAGCUAGAAGCGAUUCUGAACUUUAACGUGCUCUAAUAUUUAUUCAAUCUAAGCAUGAUAUUUGAUCAAUAUUAAAUCCGCAUAUGCUGCUUUAAAACAAUACGUUUAAAACAAAACUUCUCAUAUCAGCUUUUAGAGAUAAAAUUAUUUAUAACUGAUCAACCUACUCAUUUUUCAAUUGUCGUACUUCGCUUACCUACUACUAGUCAAGUAAUUUAUUAUAGCUAGGUACGUAAAUAAACUACUUUAGUAAUUAUGAUACUUAUAAGAAUCUCAAUUUUUAUACUCUUUCACAUUCUUAAUUUUUUUUACAAUCAAAUAAAAAAUGUAUGAAACGUGUUUUUUGUAUUUUAAUUUUUACGAACCAAAUCCUUAGUGGCUGUGAACACAAUCCCCAUAGCGUAUAUUUUACCCGAAUUUAGGCCGGUGACGCUGAUAUGUUCUCUCUAGAGUGUAAACAUCAGUGUGCUUAGAGCGAGUUUU